AGCUCAGGAGGGGGAAUGGCUCUUCAUAUUCAUGAAGCCUACAUAUUUCUGUUGCUAAUUCCUUCUUUGGUCACUCCAGCUGCUUUCAAUCAUGAAGACUACCCUGCUGAUGAAGGUGACCAGAUUUCAAAUAAUGAUAAUAAUCUGAUUUUUGAUGACUAUCGGGGGAAAGGAUGUGUAGAUGACAGUGGUUUUGUAUACAAACUUGGGGAGCGUUUUUUCCCUGGGCAUUCCAACUGUCCAUGUAUUUGUACCGAGGAUGGGCCUAUUUGUGACCAACCAGAAUGCCCCAAAAUCCACCCAAAGUGUACUAAAGUAGAACACAAUGGAUGUUGUCCAGAAUGCAAAGAAGUGAAGAACUUUUGUGAAUACCAUGGGAAAAGUUACAAAAUCCUAGAGGAGUUUAAGCCCUCGCCAUGUGAAUGGUGCCGUUGUGAGCCCAGCAAUGAAGUUCACUGUGUUGUAGCAGAUUGUGCCGUCCCUGAAUGUGUCAACCCAGUCUAUGAGCCAGAACAGUGUUGUCCAGUCUGCAAAAAUGGUCCAAACUGCUUUGCAGGAACCACCAUCAUUCCGGCUGGCAUCGAAGUCAAAGUGGAUGAGUGUAACAUCUGUCACUGCCAUCACGGGGACUGGUGGAAACCUGCCCAGUGCUCCAAACGUGAAUGUCAAGGCAAGCCGACUGCAUAG